AUUCUGGUACACUUUUGUAACUGGAGUUCGCGGUACGAUACAUGGUAUCCAAAGACUUCGGAUUCUUUACGCACUUUGAAGUUAGUUUCCAAUGCCAGUCCCUCAAAGAUGAAAAUGACGCAAAACGGUCACUCUCCAAAAUCACUUAAGGCCCCACCGGUUGCGAGUUCUCCAUUCACUUCCUUUCUCGUUGGGUCUUACGUAAUGGCUAGCUGGCGCAAUCAGUUUGAGUACCUGGCUGAAGUACUUGCCCAUCGCCAUCGCCAAGGCGAUAAAUCCGAAUACCGUUUGAGAUAUGUGUGGGACAACGUAGUCGAGUGGACCCCCGUUAGUCGUCUUCGCAAGGCGACCCAAUUUGAAAUUGACUACGUCUUGAAAUUUUGUAGAGAACACGGUGGAGAAGGUUCCGGUAAACCUCUCUCUGAGGUUUCACCAAAGUCUACUGAUAAGUCGGUGCGGUCCUCUUCUGUUUCUGCUUCUUCUCCUAUGACCUCGGCCCCACCAACGUUUUCCACCCGGUCUCAAACGAAAAAGCUUUCCCUUGAGCCGAACAGUUGUCUAACCAAGACAGCACAUUCCACAAAUCAGUCAGGCACGCCCUCAGCCACCGCCAGUUCGGAACCCAAAACCAAUCCACUAUCACUAGUCUCGGAUGGAGUUCAGCAAGAUGGUAUGGUCUAUGAUAAGGCGGUACUUCAGUUUCACGAGGCAUGCCGGAGAAGACGCGAGCUAAAAAGACAAGCCAUCGAAGAGGAUAAACCUUCCACUACUGAUUCCAUAGUCUCUACUCUCGGCGAGACUCCGGUUGCUUGUGCACCCAAAACCAAUAGUACCAACUCUCCACCCCAUAUUCCUCCAGAGAGUAAGGAAGAGGUCAUCCAGAGUUUUGCACCUCUCCCGAAAGCUGCGAAACUUUCUCCUACGGAUGAUACCGAUUCCUCGCAUCAUAGUUCUCCGAGACUUCCGUCAGCAUCGGAACUGGAGAACUCAGUCGAUCCGCAUAAUGACAUCGAUGUUCGAGAAUCGAAAAUCAACACUUGCCGAACCAGUGCAAACUCCCCGAAAGCAGCCACCUCACUAGCCCCAGUGGCUUCUCCCUCAAAAAAUACCUUAAAAACCCGGGCGUCACCCAAUGUUCAGUUGGAAUCUACAACUAAAUCUUCAUCAUCCACCCAAGUCGCUAAGCGACCAGCCGUAGAAUGGAACACGUUGCCUUCUACUCCCGUCAUUUAUCAAUGUCCUCACUGCCCCCGUAAACUGAGGCACUCAAAGUUACUGGCCGCUCAUAUUGCCAACUAUCACAAAAGCGCGCAAGAUGCUUCCAAACCCUCACCGAGUGGGCCUGCGCUUACCAGAGCCGAUAAACAAGCUUCCACCACUGCCGAGUGCACUCGGUCCACUUCACUCACGACUUCCAUCAAACCGGAGUCAACGAAUUCCUCGACUUCAAGAACCUCUUUAGACAACCGCACACCAAUUAAAUUGGCCCGCCUACUCGCUUGUUAUCCCUGUGACACGCGUUCUGCCGUGUCGGAUACUCAAUCUGGCCUAGUGCAGUGUCAGAGUUGUCUAAACUGGAUGCACCAAAAGUGCUACCGAACACAGUCCUCUUUUGGCGUCGAUGUGAAACCGAUUGCAGAUUCCGAACGCAAUUUCUUUUGCGAUGGCUGCAUGCUGACCACUCGCCCCGCGCGUCGUUCCCGUGCAGGCGAGCUCCACCUGAAGUCUCUAUGUAAUGCAGAAGUGUCUCGGGACAAAUCACCAACUCAGCGUACUGCACACGAACUGGUAUCUGACACAAUGAAUCUUCUCAAUUGGUGCUAUCAUUUGCGACCACUAGUUUCAACUGGCUGGAAUAUCUUGAGCGGCACUAAGUUGCCCUCUCCGUCUCCUUCUAAUCCCAGCCACCAGAUGGCCCAUCCGGAACUAACCCCCAUACCGAAACCGCAUGUCAGGGUCAAUUCGACUACCGUUGUGAAGUCAAAACUGCCCUCUGAAACUCAGGAUCGUCCGACAAACAAUGAACAAGUAAACAGAUUCUACAUGGAGCUGAGGGCUAGUAUGACUGAUCCAGACUCUGAACAUCACCCUUCUCGUCUCUCUUUGACGAAAGAACUGCCCGAUGAGCCUCCCACGACAGAUUCUGAAAUCCCUUCUAUCUGUUGGUCUCUGUGUGAGGAGUCAGUUGGAGUCGAUGCCUCUACCGUGGACGCCAACAUAAGCAAUCAAGUCCUAAGCGGGUUUUUGCAGGACUUAGGACCCAAUGUCAUCUCCGACCUGGUGGACUUGGGGUCAGAUGCAAUUGCCGGCGAUGUAGAAGGCCCAGAGGUGGAUUGCUUUCUCCGUCGUCAUGGUCCCGAUACAUCCGUUUCUCAGCCAUCAGGUUGUCCGCAAGAUACUACGCCCUGCACGUCUGUACCGGAUACUCCCACGAAAGGUCUCGGUCCUCUGCUUUCUUCCCCAGGCGGUGUAGCAACUCUUCUACAAGCCGCUAUUUCCAACACCCUCCCUAUUUCUAAUCGACUGGAUUUUAUCCCCCCACACUUUGGAGUGGACACCAUAGCGAACAUCCCCGACGACCAUGCUGACACAAAAAAUGUUCACGCUGUUGCUCCAACCACGGUCUCCACUCCUUCCUGCAGUCUCGCAGUUGAUCAACCCAACGACUGGAGACUCUAUAGCAAAUUCAUGAACCACUGAUAAUCUCAGUUCUCUUGCAACUGGGGGUGACAACUGUCCAGCAGGUCCCAACCAACACGAGCAUCGGUUCGCCUUAAUCUACUCUGGACCCCGUCAUACGAAUGGCGUCUACAUAUCACUGUCUCUUUAGCUUACUCACCGGUGUUUGACUGCUGCCUCGCAUCCGCACUGCUGCUGCUGCUGCUGCUGCAGUGUCAACGCAUGGUGUAACGUCCAGUGCUCCGGACGCGCGUACACUCGGUAGUGUCAGUGUCACUUACCAAAGCUUGUCGCUGCACCCUCCGCCAACUGAGUAUCCUGUCAGUAAUCCUAUCGCGUCCAUCCCAUCCAUCCCCACAACCUCGUCUGGGCAUUCGCUAUUGGACGCAGCCGCCACGACAUCUAUGUAUCCUGAUGCAACUAUGGUCGUCAGCAAUUCACCGUGCCUUCACGCAUCUUCAGAAGCUACCGUUGCAGGUGCACGCGUUACUGCUGUCUCAGAACACUUGUCUACCAACACCUCGACUUGCCUCGGUUCCACCGAUGCGGAUUGGCUCUCAGGCGGUAUACCGAACGCCAAAUCUCCCCGACUCUUCAUGUUGCCACCUUUCACGUCCACCGAUACAUCAUCGCACGUGCCUGGCAGAUCUCUUCCCUCUAACUCCUCCGUUCUUGAAGAUGCUCUCGGCUCAGUGAACCCCUUCAGCCUAGACAUGGUCAGUGACACACUCACGCCAGACGAAGUGUCUGUUGUAAACGCAAAUCUAAAUCAACUGGACCAAUUUGUUUUACUCCCGCUUGAAAGAGCCCUGACAGUUAUGGAAUCGCACCUGGACUUUAUCACUAAGCAGGUUGAUGUUCUCGAGCAAGACCAGGAGCGUUCAGGUACUUUGGCAAGGAUGUCUACCGAACACAGUGAACUUACUGAGGACACAGCACUUGAACCAGAUUCGUUCCUUUUGUCCUCUAGUUCCAACUCUCCAUUCGGAUCCUCCUCCUCGUUUUCUCUCAGCCCUUACGGAAUGCGUCCGGAUGAAGUCCCAGUGUCUUCCGAGCUCCCAUCUUCGACUAACCCACUAGAUCCUCCUUCGUCUCAACUUGUGUGUGACUCCACAUCAAGUCGCUCACAUGCGGCUAAACAAGCCGCCAGACAGCUGUACCGCCUCACUAUGUUUAGACGGUUUCAACGUGAAGCGCACCUUAAAUCCCGAUCCAUUCGUCAUGAUGUACCCCCACAUAAAGGCCUCAACUUUUCUCGACAAUCACCCACAUCCGCUCGCCUCUUGAACGAUCGUCUUUGACUGAGUGGCUUACCUUUUUGGACUAAUAUUGACACCCACCCCCUCAUCACCGGUGCAUUGGUUAGUCACAUUGCAAGAGACACCCCUCGGAGAUUAUCCAUGGUGUUUUCGCUUACUGUUUGUCUGUCAGUCACAGGAAAUGUCUCCUUAUUGUGUAUCUUGCUCUCACAUUUAUGCGCCUCCACACCUUAUCCCACUCUGUACAUAUGCCCUCUAUGUGUUCAAUUAUUUUCAGUACCCUCCCAUACCAGCUCCGUCCCAUUCAGCUCUCUUUGUGUCAUCUUUUGUUCAUGCUUUGGUUAUCCGGAAAUUGUAUAUUUGUCUGACUUAUCUCUACAGAUAAUCGGACCAGACAGU